GCCAUUCCUUCUUCCUUUAUAGCUUCAUCGUCUUUGUCAAGGGAAGUGACCAAAAAUGGUGAAGCUUGCCUUUGGUAGCUUUGGUGACUCUUUCAGUGUCGGGUCGCUCAAGGCCUAUCUGUCCGAGUUUAAUGCUACUCUUCUUUUUGUGUUUGCUGGGGUUGGAUCCGCAAUUGCUUAUGGUAAACUGACAUCAGAUGCAGCAUUGGAUCCACCUGGCCUGGUGGCAGUGGCCAUCGCGCAUGCUUUUGCUCUGUUUGUGGGGGUCUCCAUCGCUGCCAACAUCUCAGGCGGUCAUUUGAACCCAGCUGUCACCUUUGGAUUGGCCAUCGGAGGCCACAUUACCAUCCUAACUGGCAUCUUCUACGUGAUAGCUCAGUGUCUUGGCUCCAUUGUUGCUUGCCUUCUCCUUAAAUUUGCCACUAAUGGGGAGAGCAUACCGACUCAUGGUGUUGCCGCCGGGAUGAACGCGAUUGAGGGCGUAGUGAUGGAAAUUGUUAUAACCUUUGCACUGGUCUACACUGUCUACGCCACCGCUGCCGACCCCAAGAAGGGCUCACUCGGAAUAAUCGCACCCAUUGCAAUAGGGUUCAUAGUGGGUGCCAAUAUUUUGGCCGCCGGUCCAUUCAGCGGCGGUUCAAUGAACCCGGCUCGAUCAUUCGGUCCAGCAGUGGUCAGCGGCGAUUUCUCAGAGAAUUGGAUAUAUUGGGUGGGGCCACUUGUGGGAGGAGGACUGGCUGGAUUGGUGUACGGGAACAUUUUCAUUGAAUGUUAUGCCUCAGUGCCCACCUCCGAUGAAUAUGCUUAAAGGCUACUUUUGAACAUUGGUGGUCAAAGCAAAACAUUAUGUUUUGACUAAGGUGGUUUCAUAUGUAUUUCAGUAAAAUCGAUCGAACCAUCAAUGUAUUGGUAAAUGCUAAUAUUUUCAUCAU